ACCCUUAUCAGUGUUUCUUGUUAAUUCUAUGGUUUGUUUUUGUAUUUUUGGAAAGUGAUGUAGUAAUUAACAAAUAAAUAAAUGAAUGGUCAUUUGCUGUUAUUAAAGUAUAUAUUUUAAAAAUUACGAAUUUUCUGAUGCAAGUAUUGAUUAUUGUAAGCUAUGCCGAUUAUUCUAGGUUAAGAUAUCUAAUUUGAAGGUUAUGAGGUCAAAAUUAUUCUUAGUGUAUUUAAGUGAAUAUUGUUGCACUAAAGCUGGAGACUGAAUGAUCUGCUCUUCCCGACCGCUAUCCGUUUGUCCAUCAACAACCGAUAGUUGCAUCAUUAGUCCGUUCUUAACAUUUUCCACUUAGAUGGUGUCAACUGACUGGAAGGCUUAAAUUUAGGGGGAAAUGGUGUCUUUUAAAGGUUUUUUGUUUGAUUAUACUGUAAUUACGGAUCAUUAAAUUAAUUAUCCUCGCUCUAUUACUAAUCUCAAUUAAUUUUUAAGCUAAGCAUAAAUUACAAUUGCCCAUAAUCUUUGUCUGUCCGGAAUCUGUCUGUUGAUUACGUGACUGAUCGUGGUGGCAUGAUCCUGUAAAUAUUGAUCAUGUGGUACAUAAUUCUUUUUUUUUUUUGUUUUUUUUAAUUUAGUACGUCGAAUGUUCCUGCACGUUAAAAACUUGUCAUGUUACAAUGAAGUUGUAAGUUGAAUACAAAAAUUUUUUGCUUUUUAUUCAUCUUGAGAUCAUAAUUUAUUAUUAUAUCUCAAGAUUUCUUCGUGCAGGAUCUUUUGUCAUACUAAAUUAAAAUACCAAGCAUCAUUUACCACAGGAUCAAAAUGUAAUAUUAAGCCAUCAUAUUCAAGGGACAAACUUGGAUAAGUGAUAUGGAACUUUUACCAUUCAAUUGUCUAGAAUACAGGUCUGUGAAGUUAGUAUUUGUUCUUUCCGAUGUUUUGAAUGAUAACAUUGCUCUUGUUAAAACGUCUGUCCGAACAGUACAUUAACGACAAUGAAAUUUUCCAAGCAUAUGUUAUACAAUACAUAAAGGAACAUAAACUGAUUUGGAAAAAUAUAUUUUUUAUGAACCGAUGAACUCAUGCUGUAAAUCUCUUGGCUAGAUUUGUAACGUUGACAGACGGAAAGAAUGUCUUGGAUCCGAAUGUAGGACGAAUGUGAUGGGCAAUUGUAAUUCUGGUUUUACCAUACGUAAGAUAUUACACAUUUUUGUCAGUCAAUUUUUAGUUGAAAUAUCUUUAACACAUGUUUGAAUGCAAGUUAAAAACAUAAUAUGGAAGGUCAUUCCUUGCGAGAUCAUCCAGCUAAUAUAUACAUUGUCUACCUCACCAUCUCAGAUUUGGAUGAAAUUUGCUGCAGAAUCCUAGAAGUUUUUUCUGUGUAACACCUGUUUGUCUUGUGGUAGCCGUACGAAUGUAGUGUUGGUUUCCACGGAGUGCCAAAGCCAGAAAAGCAUGCGACCGCUUACCGUCGACGACUCCACGGACAGCGAGGUACCGGAGACUCUGGAGGUUCUUUUUCAGUCUGUGUUGGAAGACCACUGCGAUGACGAAGACAGAACAAAGGUUGACCACGUGUUUGUGGUAUUGCUGUGCACGCUCAUGAUGGAGUGUGGGUUCUCACUGAAAGAGUCAUGGGACAGCGCAGAGGAGGAUGGGUAUCUGGCGAGCUUCGAUGUACGUCGCUUGAGGAGCGUGCAAAGAAUGCCGAGGGACUGGUGGUCAAGGGAGAAGAGCUCAUAUGAGCUCAGGUUCGUGUUGCCGGUGCUCGAGUGUCGUUGCCUCCUUGUGGCGCUGCGCUUGCCAUUUGCGCUGUGCGUGAGCGCAGUGGUCCCUGGUGAGACGAGGCUUGACCGUGUGGUGUGGUACCCAGACGUGCGUCGGUACGUGAGGUCUGGUGGCGGGCCGUACGCGGACCUGAAGAGGUUGAGCCGGGAGUUCAAAAACUGUGUGGCGGUCCCCAUCCGUGGCCGGCUGCUGCGGGACAGAGGCCUGCCAGACGUGCAUCUGGCCAGCCUGCCCGUCGAGAUAUUACUGACGGUCGCCAACCUCCUGGACUACAGGAGCCUGGCCAUUCUCUCCCAGACCUGUCGCAGACUGUACGAUGUUCUCCAGGACGACAGUCUUUGGAAGCCGCUGUGCCUCGAGAGGUUCCGGGCAGAGGUGGCCAGCAGCACCCACGAACAGUUGAAGAAGAACUGGUUUGCCGUGUUCCGUGCACUCAAGGAGAGGCGCGAGGGAAGGCCACUUUACAGUUUCACAGGCUUUGAGGAAAAUAGAUAUCGUGCAUUAACUGAAAUAUGAUUAAUGUAUGUCUGUUAAUUAUAUUUUUUUAAAAUCUUGUGACUUCAUCUUUAAUUAAAAUUUCUAAAGGUUCCUUAAUUUUUGUAUUUGUUCACUUCUUUUGUAUUGUUUAUUUAUUUGAGAACUAAACAUGUGUAAUGUAUAAUGUUACCACAAAAUAAAAUAAAAAAUGGGUGAGAAAAAUUUGUACUUCAGUGUCCUUGGUAGGUGUAAUUUUACAAUAUUUUAAUUUAAUUGGUAAAUACAAACAAGUUUUUUUCAGUUGAUAUUAACCAAAUGAUUUCAGUGACACCAAUAAUUUGCGCCUGCAUACAGACAGAAUGAAGAGCCUAAUUAUAUUUUAAGGUAAUGUGGAUAGUGUUCAAAGAUGCAUACCUCAAGCUCUUAAUUCAUAGCCCAGACUGUUGGUCUGGUUAUUUUACACUAGGUGAACUCUGUCUAAGAAAGAUGUAUCACUUUGUGACAGCUCACUGUCUGUUGAAAGAAUGAUAUAAUUGAUGCAAGAAAUCUCACCUGGUUCAUUUAAUCUAUAAAGAGAAAUAAAAAGUUUUCAUAGAAAGCAAUUUUUAGAUGCAUUUAUAUUGCAAUAUGGUUUUCCCUUCCUAAAAAUUAAUUGUAUGUGAAAAUUAGAAUUUCCUUAUAUUUAACAACAAACCUUGAAAGUAAUAAACUACUGGUAAACUAUACGUAAAAUAUUAGAAGGUUCCCUCAGAGAAUAAGCAGAAAACAUAUCAGAUAGGAUAAUUGAAUGUAUGUAUGUGUGUGUGUGUGUGUGUAUAUAUAUACACACACACAUAUAGACACACACACACACACACACAAAUUACUUUGUUCCAAAAACACUUUUAAUCUUGGUUCCAUUUCUAGGAUAUGAGAUAUGACAACAGUGGCGUGUGGUGGAGUUAUUGUGUGGGUAAGCUGUCUCACCCAUCCCGACCUUAAGGCUGGGGUCCGGGGGCCCUCCCCUGGAAAAAUUUGGAUUUCUAGGUGCGAAUUGGGGCUAUUUUUGCAGUUUUCCUGGUAGAAAUAUAAAAUGCACUUGGCCAGCAAAAACGUUUUCCAAGUAAUGGGCACUCAUUUUUCGAAUAUAAAUUACAAUUAAAAUGUCUAACAAAAGAUUUUCCUGUUGUUUUUAUGUCUAAAUCAGGAGUCUGUCUCCCCACUGCCAAACGCUUUUUUUAUCUUCAAAAGAAAAAGAAUUAAAAUCAGUACUCAAAAAAUUGCAAACAACGCCGUGGCUGUGUUCUUGGCUGGGGCCGGGUUGAGAGUCCUGCUCCAUCCCGGACCCAGACAGCAUACGCUGCGGAACUCACAGCUUACCUUGUUGGCACAUGACGGCAGUCGCAGAUGAAGUUUACAUUCUCACUGUGGCUAGCACUUAAAACAAAAACAGUAAACACCAAAACACAAUAAAAUGUUCUUAAAACGGACACUGUUGCGCAAUGAAAACUUGCCUUAUAAGUUGUAAAAAUAAAAUUUGUACCGGUAUUUGUUUGUUACACGACGCGCACACACAGCUGAGGCCAGCUGCUCUGGGUAGAGCGGGCCUUGAGCGAACAUUACCGAAGUAGUCUCACGAAGAAACGUGAACCCUUCCCCCCCCCCCCCCCCCCCCGCCCUGCCUCAUCAACCAGCCCGGUUUUCACGUUACCAUGACAACCGGGUGACACACUAUGGUGAUCGGAUCGCAUUGGCACACGAGAUAAAAUCACCAGAUAGCAAAAAUUAUUACAUUACGCCAAGCAACAUAACAGCAGGGUAAGCACUGCUUACCUAGCGUCUAUUGAAUACACGCCACUGUAUGACAAUAACUUUACAUAUAUACAAAAAUAUCAAUACUAAUUACUGCAGAAACUGAUUAGGCCUACAACAAUCUUGUAUUUAAACUCUUUCUCUCCCUUAGACCAGGGGCCCGUUUUUUGAACGUACUUUUCAGCUUUUUACUCCAUACUUUACACUUUUCAGGUAAUUUACUGUUUUAUGAAAUAGGAGUUGUGAAAAGUAAAAGUAAAUACUUGAAAAGUGAAGAGUGCAAAGUGACAAGUUGGCACCAUUGCAAAUAUUUUGAAAAGUUGUUCACUAUUCACUUUUCAGUUUCACAGAAAUAAGAAACGUGAAAAGGUGGUUUGUUUUUUGAAAUUUUUGUAAGACUUGUCAAUUUGUUCUGUUCAAAUUGACAUUUUGAAAAGUUAAGUACAGAAAGUUAUGUUACGUAAGGGUUUUAUUUGUUGUUGUAUUUGUGUGUUUAGGUUAUGGCAAAUAAAGUUAAAAUGCUUUCUCUAAAGAAACAAGAAACCGCUGCCAUGAAAAUGGCAGUUCUUGAUGUAAUAAGUGAAGAAAAGCACAUUUUAUUUGCGAAGUUGGAUCCACUUAUAACACAACGGAUGAAAAUAAAAUCGUGGCAAAGAGUACUAAGCCGUGCUAAGUCUGUUGGGAUGGUGAGUGACAACAGAGACUGGGAAUUCAUGAGAGAUAAGAAGUUUGGAGUAUGGAAGUCACAAACUCUGGUGCGUAGCCAUUUUUAUAUUGCUAAGAAAUGUCUUGGUCCAGUUUUUUAAUUAUUAUUUUUUAUAUUUUUUGCUUGCAGAGUAAGAAGGACAAUGCACACACCACAGGUUCUGCUGGAGGAAGAGGGAAUGUGCUAGAUGCAGUUGAUCUGAAGAUUCUUGAGAUCAUCGGAAAAGACAGCCCCAUUGUAGAUGGACUUGGGCUUCCAGAAGGUGGUGGUGAUUAUAAGGCAUCUGCAAUGCCACAUUCACUUGUUCAAGAUGAGCUAAAUAUGCCAAUAGGCCUAGUAAAUGAUACCGACAUGAGUUUCCACAAAGAUAGAAGUGAAAACGAAGAUCAACCAAGCCAUUCUGGUGGAGUGUAUAAAUACUCAAACAUUCAUCUUGGGAAGAAAUGUAGUGGCCGGAUCAACAAACAAAAGUACCAUCAGGGCACAGGUGGUAAAGUUUCAAAAAUGCCAACACUUUCUGAGAAAGAAAUGUUGACAGUCGAGUUAUUAAAAGUAUAAAUUCAUUUACGGAAGUUGCAGGCUUUGAAACUUGAAAGGGAACUUGGGUUGUCUGCCUCAGCCAUCACGCAGAACAACUGGAAGUAAAAAAUGAUAAUGGAGAAAAAAUUCAAAAUGUAAGUGGCACUGAACGCUUACAGGACAUUACUCCAGAAUGUAUGUCUGUUGACAUUAGUUGACAUCGUCCGGGCCUGCAGCCCCUGUUAAGUCCGAUAUGCCACCGCCCAAUCACCACCCACCCUCCAUUCAAACCUCCCGCCUACCCGUAGGUACGUGUGCGUGCGUGUGUGUUCGCCCGGCAAGAGGGCGCUGUCGAGUCAGUGCACCGUACCCCUAAAACAUAAUUAAAUAUAAUUGUGUUAUUUGUUUUUAUGUUCCCUAUGUGCAACGUGACGGCAGAUUGGCCGGGAGGGUUUUAUACUUUUAUGUACUUUUAAUUAAAAUAAGGUAACAAAAUAUAAUAGCGUUUCCGGGCAUUCCCGAGGAAACCCGGAGCCAGACAAUAAUUAAAUUUAAAUCUUAAUAAUUAUAAUUUGUACAAUCCUUUCUCUUUAUUAAAAAAAAUGUCACAUAAUUUUUAAAUCAUUCUUGUCAUGUUAAUUUAGUUUCCCGUGGCACGAAUUCACAAAUAUCUUUAACGGCAAUUGUUUCGGCGGGAGGACGCCAUGUUAGUCGAGCCGAGCCAUGAUCUCACCCCAGUCCGCCACCAACGACCGAGAGUAGACGCGCCAGCACUCCGGGGACCUCACCGCUUGUUUCACCGCCAAGUAAUUCUGUUUCAAUUUAAUUCCGUCUAAAUCGUUUUCUUUUCGUCCUCCGAGCUCCUCUCGGUCAGGGGACUGCAUAACUAAUUGUCUUACGACCAGCAAUGGUCUUUUCUCUUUUGUACUACGUGAUGUGAGAUUUGACCACGUGGGGGUCUUCACACCUAAACAGAUUUGUGCCGCGGGCGUUUUAAACAGUUUCAAUUGUGUACGUGUGUAAGUUGCAUUCGCCGAAUAAAUCAGGUGUGUAAAUCAAAUGUAUUAUUUUCUUAUUUAAAUCUGUUUGACCACGUGGAGUGUGACGGCGUGUGGGACGCCUGAGAGCCCACUGCGUAGAUAAUAGCGUGCCCGACGCUGAGAGCGGGCAGGAAUUAGUGCUAGGUGUUUUCAGGGGGGAAUUAAAAUCACGCCUCACAUGGGCGACGUCACGACCCUGGGAAAGAGUCUCACAUCGGUCCGUGCACGUGGCACGGUGGCGCCCAUAAAAACAGAGCACGCAUUAAAAUUCAGUCAGUAAAUAUCAGAGACUACAGCUCCCAUAUCAUUGUGAAGCCACAGCUGUUUCAGGUGAGGGGGAAACACCCCGACAGUAAACUGUGGGAAUUAUGUUUUCAAUGUGGACAAUGAUGGUAACUUGUUUCAGUGCAUUUAUCAACCAGUAUCGGAAGACGGAAAGGAGAAAUAAUUGCAGUUUUGCGAAUGAAUAAUGAAAAUAAACGUAAAGAUUGUUGAAGAAACAUGUAAAAAUCAUUCUGUCAGUUAAUUUAUGAUACUUUCUUUUUAUUAUUUUUUGAAAUGUUUUCAUUAAUAAAUCAAAAAUUUCCAAAAUAAGUUUGCAUAUUAAUUUUAAUUGAGUUUAUUGUUAAUUCACUGGUUUAUCAAUAUUACAUAGAAACAAACAUAAUUAUGUAUAGGCCUACUUUAAAAAAGAUAUAAGCAAAACAUUUAUUAUUUUACAGUAAAGGUUUGAUACAAAAUGGUGAAUUAAGUACAUAAUAUGCCUCGGAGUGUAAAAUAACAUUAUGUGAAUAAGAGGCUUAGCAAUUUGUUUUUUAAUUGUUGUACUUAAAAAAAAAAACUUUACACCCACCUCUAAAUUAUCAAUUGUUAGAUUUUAAGUUUGCUUGUGCGAUGAAGAAUGCAAAAAUGAUAUUCUACGAUAUAAGGUGUAUGUAACUUUAUUUUUAGGGACAUCCUGCAAACUUUUAUGUUGAUGAGCUGACAUUUUUUAGCCGAAGACCUACAAUUUAGCUGUUUACAAAAUACUUAUUUCACCAUAAACUGCACAGAAAAUAAAAUGUGCAAUUUUUAGUAGUAAAAAAAAAAAACACUUUCAAACUUGUAUUUGUUUAU